AUGCCAGCCAUGCAAGUCAUCUCGGAUAUCACUCGAUUGGAUGUCAUCGACGAACCCUCGGUAUGCGACCUUUUGCUCGCUAGGAGGAAUUUGACCUUUCCACUCAAUCAUACCUGGUGUCAAGAUGCUUUGAUCAUUCUCCGGCCAGAUCCCAGUACAACUCCUCCCAACGAUACAUACCACCUCGAAAAGUUGACUCAACUCGAGGCGGCGUGGGACGAGGGACACGCUCUCGAACCUCAUAUCUACAGUGCCGCCAUAAACGUCUUCAAACAGUCUCAACACACUCGUCGAGAUCACAACGUCAUUUUCUCAGGUGAUAGUGGAUCGGGGAAAACAAUCAAUGCCGCUCACCUCAUCUCGGCUCUUCACCACUUGAUCCCUUCCGUCACCAAGGGUUCCGUCGCUGGUGCAGGUACUCAUGACCAAGCGUCUCUUGCUCGGAAUGUCACCACGGCUCUAGAAACCAUCCUCGAAGGGUUCGGACACGCAGAUACAGUUUUAAAUAACAAUUCUUCCAGAUUCAUCAAAAUGACCGAGAUACAUUGGGCUCCAUCCUCUUCAACCGACCCUUCUUCCCCCCCAAGGUCAUUCGGAACGUGUUACAAAGCCGUCCUAUUGGAACAGUCCCGUAUCAUCAACUCUGGGACUUGCAAACGUUUCCACAUCCUCGAGUCUCUCGAUCAUCUCUUGACACAAUAUCGUGUCACCAGCUCUGACCAACUCAACCACAGGAACGGCCUAAUCGAUCAUCUGUUAGAGCUCGGAUCGGUCGGUUCUGACUCGCCGUUCGUCAAGUACACCCGAGCACUCUCUCGGGUCCUUCCCCCCGAUCAAGUAAAGAGCACCAUCGAGGUUCUCGUGGGCAUCAUCACCCUAUCCCAUCUGUCGGUCAAUGAGACUCACACGCCGGCGCAAGUAAUGUCUGCCCUCCGUUCAGACCGCUCAUCAAGAAAUCAGGUGGAGACGGUGGCCGACAUGCUUGGUCUCGAGAGUUAUCACCCUUCUCGGAAAAAGCGCUUCUGGAAAAACUCGAUCGCUUGUUUCCUGUAUACAUCCUUGUUCAACGGUAUUGUGGAUGCUGUCAACCGUUUGACGGCGGCCGAAACGGUUUUACCUUUCGAUAAGGAAGAGACAAGGCACAGUGUCAAUGUCAUCAGGAUACUCGACAUUUAUGGAUUUGAAACUUUUCAAAAGAACGGUCUCUCGCAAUUGUUGAUCAACAAAACGAACGAGAACGUUCAUGCCAAGUUCAUUGACAGUCUCAUUCAGGCUUCGACUUUGACUGGACGAGAAGGCAACUUUAACUUUAGCCUCGACACUCCUUCUCGUCUUGACGCCACACUUGGUCAAGCAGCAAGGGAGAUUGAGGGUCGACGUGACAAAAUGAACAAGUUUAUCUCUCUCUUUCAGGAUACGAUUAGACGUAAACAUGACCCUAGCAAGGUGUACGACGAAAACUACAAUUCCUCACCCUGUUCUUCCGGUACCUCAUUUGAAGGAUCCAUGCCUGUCACUCUGCCACAGUAUGCGGGUGAUGUCACUUACGACUUUUCGCUCUGCGUUCGAGCCAACGAUCAGAGUUUACCAGACGAGACGGAGGCGACUCUUGGAAGUGAGGCUCGAAACGAGAUGCUCAAGUCCGUCUUGGCCUUCCGAGACGUCGGGACUGUGGCGAGAUUGGGAAAGACUCUGACGGUGACGGCGCCGCAUGAGAGAGAAUGGAAGGGGUUGGUCAGAACGUUGGGAGAAGGUGAUACGACGUUUAUCAAGUGUAUCCGAUUGGACAGUGAGGACGAUGUAAUCAGUCUACGACAACAACUCAGGGUUAACGGUAUUUUGUACGCUGCCCAAGUGCUCAAGGGACUCUUACCAGUCGGUCUCGAUUUCGAGUCUUUCCACGAUAAAUACUCUUUGUUGAUGGGUUCGUCCACGAUGAUAAACUCUCCAGACCUGAGCAAGAGGAUCGAGCGGUUCCUUCACUCCAAGACUUCUGACUCUGCUCGUUAUCGAAUAGAUCAUACCCUUCAGAAAGUCUUUUUUGUCUCACCAAGCCAUCGUCAUGAUCAACUAAGAGAAUCGAAAGCCAGAUGUACACACUUGGAACUGGAACUGGAAUCUUGCAAGUCGGAUAAUGUCAAGUACGUCACGGCGUUUGAUAAACUCGUCUCUGUCUUGCUCGAUGACAACGGUAAGAACGUCCACGAUCCUGACAAUCUGCAGGACGUCGUUUUGCUCAUCCUGUCUCGUUUUCACAAUGUCUCCAAGGCGGUCGAUGGAGUUCGAGAGCAAAUGCUGGCGGAACAUGAGACGGUUGGACAUGUCCGCUCUCAGAACCGAACCCUUCAAUCCCGGCUCGAGAGGAUGCAAGAGCAAGUCGAGCGACUGGAGGAUACCCUCAAGGUCAAGGUGGAAUUGGAGGAAAAGUUGGAUAUGAUGGCUGGGACGCUAGAUGGGUACAAGGACCACUUGAAGGCGCUCCAAAUUCAGGUACAGGUGGCCAAGUCGUUAGAGAGGGAAGCCACCAGGAGAGAAGUAGAGGUUGAAAAGAGCAACAAGUAUCUGAAAGAGGGAAUGGAAGAUCUGGGGAAAUGCACAGAACAUCUGAUCAAGAGGUUCUUAGUAUUGCACGGGCAAUCGGUAGGAUUGGUAGUCGAGCGUCAGAGGCAGGUGACUCGUGGUGUAGUUUCGUCAGUGGAUGAUCAUACUCGAAAACAGAAACAGAAGACCAAAAUGUCCGUCGAGUUAUUGUGGGAUUCCAAAAUUCUAGGUAAAGCCAUUUCGAAGUUGUCGGAACGUCGAGCGACGACCACGUUGAAAGCGUUAAUGAACCAUUUUGAUACGUUGGGUGAAUCUAUCCCUCUAAGACACGUCUACCUCGGUAUCCUCGCCGUUUUUUUAUCACUACGAACAUUUUCACUUGACCGAAAUGGGAGAACAUGA